CCUGGGAUUCGUAGUUCGUCGGCCAUAUUUGCUGAAGUGAUUGGCGUGUGAGGCUGAGUGAAGGAAGCCUUGUGUCCGGGAGCUGGGAAGUGUCGAGGAGGAGGAGGAGCUGGAGAAUGAACACACCAGCUGCGGCUGUAAAGCCGGUUGUCAUCUCCAAGCAAGCAGAAGAGGUCAUCAAUGGAGAAGUCACACAGGUGGUCUGCACCGCGUUCACUGACCACAUCCUGGUGGUGGUCACACAGUAUGGCAAGAUGGGAACAUUGGUCUCUGUUACUCCAAACAUGGUGGCUGGUGACCUCGGGAAACCCACACUGACCACCAAGGUCCUCCUAGGAUGUGACGAGCCCUUCAUUCACGUCUGUGCAAAGAAUCUAGUGAGCUUUGUGUCCCAAGAGUCCAAGAAUAAGCCGGUGCUCUUGGCUGUGGCGCUGAAGGACAAGAACGUGGACUGUAUAAAGACCCUGAAAGAAGUGAUAAAGAGUUGUCAGGUCUGGUGACGUGGGAAGAUUCCUGGAGGAUGGAGCUGGAUAGACCUCAUUCCCUGUGCCUACUAGUACAGACUGUAUAUUGGGGAUGGUGUGCACUGAUUCUUUUGUAUGAUAUAUAUUUGAUACUGAUACUUGGGGUUUCUUAAGUACAUAUUUGUCGUGAUGCCAGUUGCAGUGAAGCAACAAGGGCACAGGCCCCUUUUUAGUGAUGUAGUAAUUGAUGGUACCUAGGUGUAGGAAUGCCAGAGUGGUAUAGGGUGGCCUAAAUGUCCCUUAAUGGUGUUGCACGUGUCACGGUGCUCCUACCUGGAUACGCUGGAACCCCAGGCGUGGCCCUCCGAAAGCAGGAAAAAGAAUAGUUGACGAAGGGGAUGAUGAAAUAAAUUGAGUCCAGUCUUUGUGAUGAAGUUGAUAACCGCUUUACUUGAAUAAACGUUUCUCAAAACGGU